UUGGCUUAAGUUCUGCAGUACUGGCAAAAUGGCGACCGUCAUUUGGACCACGACCACAUCGAUUUGAAUGAUCUCCACUCUGCACCAUGGAUCUCGAUAUGUCCACGAUGGCAAGUCAGCCACGCUGUGUCGUUGAGUUGGGAUUUCUUGAAAAACGUGAGGCAUGGGCGCUAAGGAGCACAUAUACUCCCAGCAAAGUAGGUGGAAAACCAGCUUGGCUUCAUCUGAAAGAUGUUCCUAAUGGCAAACGUCUUACUUGCCGUAACUGCGGUGAGCCAUGCCUUUUGCUUCUGCAGUUGUAUGCUCCGCGCGGUGACGUCGACUCUGCUUUUCACAGAACGCUCUUUGUGUUCGUUUGCGUGACUCCGAACUGUGCAAAUAAGCACGACGUCGGCAGCUAUAUAGUUCUGCGGUCGCAGCUGCCGGAAGAAAACAUGUUUUACAGCAUCGAACCACCUAUGGAAUCCCCUGACAGCUCUGGCAGCCCUUCGGCUGAAGAUUUCUGCGAUAUCUGCGCCGUGUGCGGUGCUUUAGGCGACAAGGCUUGCUCCAAAUGCCGUAGCCGUCACUACUGUUCCAAGUCUCACCAAAUAUUGGAUUGGAAAGAUGGUCAUCGAGCUCGCUGCAACUCGCAGUGCGUCGAUAGCUGCGAAAGGACUUCGGCGCCACUGUUUCCUGAGUACGAGCUGGUUAUAGAGACAGAAGAAGACGCCUGCAACGACGACCAAGGCUGUAAAACAGAUAAAGACAGACUUGCAGACUACUGCGAUUAUGUAACCAGUCAUCCGGGGUGUUCAAGUGACGGCGCAGAUGUCGCGGACUUGAACAAGAUGGCGGCAACCUGCCAAGACAAAGCAUUUUGGAAAUUCAAGAAGACCAUUAGGGAAGCCCCUGAUCAGGUGCUACGGUACAAUUUAGGUGGUACGCCUCUCCUAGUUGCCAAUACAGGUGACCCUGGCGACGUGCCUCGUUGUUCCUGCGGUUCAGAGAGGCAGUUCGAGUUCCAAGUUAUGCCCCAAUUGCUCAACAGCAUUACAGAGUCGACAGUGGAUAGCCUGGACUGGGGAACAUUAUUAGUCUACACGUGCAAGGCCUCCUGCGAUGGCGAACCGUACCAAGAAGAAUAUUUGUGGAAGCAAAAUAUCUGUGAGGAAUAGUCAUGAGCUUACAUGUGUGCGCGGGCAUUUCUCAGGAGAAGUGUGAGCGGUGGAAUGUUUUUAUGGCGAGCCUAGCUCGCAGUUUAAACAUGAAAUAAAAACGCUGAUUGCCUAGGAAAGCCUAUAAUGUAUGGAUACUGUCAUGGAUGUGUGCAUGCAUCUAUAGACUUUAUUGAUGUAUGUAUAACACAAUUCUGCAUGUUAUAUCGAGGGCAAGUGAAGUGCUAACAACAGAGCAUGUGCCUGUAGCAUAACUGAAGGUACAAUGCACUCCGUUAGCCAGUCAUCCUUGUCCACGUCACGCGCACUUAUGGUUUUCGUGUAAACUGCGGUGCUGCUCACCUUACUUUAUUGUUUGAUGCUUGUUUCUUAAGCCAGCCUGCUGAAGCACCAUACCCAUUUUGCCAUUAUGGUUUCUAGUGCUGUCGUCACUCGUACAGAAACACUGAUGGUAAGAACAAAAGCAAAGCGAUGCAGGUCUGGAAACCGAGCACGUAUGUGUGAUAUGCUUCACGAGUGACGACUGUGCUGGCAUGGUGAAAAUGGCACUGCAGCGGGUCAGGUCAGGAAACAAGCGCAUGUGGUUUUUUGCACUCCGCAUAAAAACCACAUGCGCAUGUUGGCAAGGAUGACUGACUGACUGUACCUUCAGUUAUGCUUCAGGAACACACUCCACUGCUUGUACUUCAUUUGCCUGAUAGUACAUUUAAACAACUUUCACUUUACACACCAAAAAAAGCUUUUUACAGCGAAGCUGUUUACCUCUAAGAACCGGCAAUUUGGUGGUGAUCCACAGAAAACUAGGCUCAUGUACAAGUGAAUCGCUCGCUCGAGCUCCGACUAGAUCGCCACGUUCAAGGGAACGAUUUCGAAAUUCAAGCGCAAGUUCCCCGACGUGGAAUUCAGAUUCUCCUGCACCGUGCGCGACCGCCUGUGGUUCCGCGACGACUUAUCGCACAUGUCCACUGUAAAGAACACCGCAAAGAAACGCCAUGCGUUCCCUGGAGACGCCGUGUCUGAUUAUGAGGUGUGCAGUUAUACACUGCAGUUAGCAGCAUGCUCAUUUCAUUAGUUAGACUAGAAUAGGUUAAGUGGAUGGUAGCAGCUUCGCUGGCAUUCCACCUUCACUGAGUGGAUUGGGCCUUAAUUUUUUUUUUUUGAUCGUGUUCUUUUUCAGUCAUUCUCUUCGUUUACACUUAUUUUAGUGAAUUGCCUCAAAGAGGAGAUAAGCUUGUGUGUCAUUUGUCAGCAAUAUUUCAUAGAUAGGUUAGGGUAACAUGCAGGCUGCUGGCAACUAGGGAACUGCAAGUGGUCCAAGAAGGAGACAGAAAAUAUUUCUGUAACUGCAUUUGGUGUGAGCUGGGAGAAUUUAGGUGAUAUUUCAUUAUUGUCUGUGGGUAAGUAAUAUUGCUAAUGACAGUUGCAUCACCUGGCUUACUCCUAGAUCUUGAGCCAGUGUAGUUCUAUCAUUGUAGUGUGUGCCAUUUACUUUUAGUUACACAAAGUGUGAUUUGUUGAUUAUAAGUGAUUGUGAAAAAAAGUGAGUUAAAGCUGCCUUGAAUACAAAUUGCCUUUGCUUUAGACAACUUGUUCACUCUUUCCUUACUGCCAGGAAUGUGUUCAUUUUCACUGCUUCUGUAUUUUAUUUGAAAACGUACUAGUCACAACAUAUACUGUGGUACAUAAUAGCAUAGCUUAAGUAAUGGUGUUUUGAGUCUAAGUAAAAGAAAAAUAAUUUCUCAGAUAGUUUUCAAGAAUUCUUUCAUGUGAAAAUAUUAAAGUAUGUUGAAGCAUGAACAAAAAGAAUAAUUGCGAUUUUUGCUUAAAGUACUGAGUAAAAGGAAAUUGAAAUAUGCGUAAUGUAUGCCUUGCCACUUGAAGUUAGACCACAUGAAACAAUAUGCAGAUUUUAUGACUUGAAUAUAAGCCAUAGUGAUGCCCAUGUUUUAUGAGAAAGCAGUGUUUUUCACAAGUGUACGAACUGGUGUCUAUUCUGCAGGAAGCAUUUUGUUUUGACUCCUUGCAGCCAGCAUAUUGUUUCUUUUUGCAUUCUUUAGGCUCUUGAAACAAUGGUUGUCAGGUUCAUUAACCUCUUCAUACUCAAGUAUCCUGCUCAAUCAGCUUCUCUCUGUAAGCAAGCUGGCCUAGUCGUGCACCUUAAUCUGAUGCUGGAGCCUCCAUGCGCUUUGUACUUUAUUUUUGUGGUACUGUACAGUAAUAAAAAAGAACUUUUGCACAGGCAGUGUUCAAAAACUAA